AUGCCGUCGUGCCGUGUGGUCAUUGCCCUUGUAUGGGCGGUCGUCUCGGCCGCGGGCUUGUCUCCUCUCGAUCCCAAGGCGGCAAAUGGAGGACUGCGUUUAGCGGAAGGGAGCACUCACGAAGUUGUGAAGUCCUUGAAACGAGCAAUGAACCAACGCUGGCGCAACGGGGGCCGUAGUAUUUGCUCUGUUUUCGGCUGUGACUACGAACAAGUCAAAUCACGGCUUUCGUAUCAGCCUACCUUCUUUCUCUCAUUCAAAGCCGUAUGCGCCCAGUUUGAUGAGUUUGAAGAGGAGGUUUCAAAUGCCAAACAACGCGAGGAAGAUUUGACCCCGAGCCAGAAGGAAUAUCGCUGGCUUCUUUUAACUAAGGCAGCAGCCCUGUUGAACGAUAGCCUUGGAACAAAGUAUGAGGUGCCUGAAAAAUAUGUUCCUCAGCACUUGCGCACUCGCCACUAUGUCCCCGGUUGGAGAGAGGAUGUAGAGAAGCAAAAGGACCGCGUGAAGAGUCAAGUGGAAAAGCUUCAAGUGACUGUCCCUCUCCCAACCCUGGAAGGAAUUCAAAAAGAGGCUGGAGACCGUCUCGCCGCCCUGCGUCAGAGGCACGUGGAACAGAUCCGGGAACUCGAGGAAACACGCCACAGGAAGUGGCUGUUACUUCAAGAGGAGCACGAUCGUCAAACGGCGCAAAUGGUUGCAGACCUUAAACUGAAACAAGCAGAAGAAGCAGAUACACUCCGUCGUGAGUUGAUAGAAGAGAAACGGGCUUUCGACCAGAGUGUGAAGGUGUGGGAUAUGGUGAGCCGGUUACUGAACGAAGCCCACGCAGCAAUCGAGGCAUUCAGCGACCGGGUCCAUUCUUUGGGCCAGCAGGUUUUCAAACUGAAGUCGUUCCACGAAAAACUGCAGUCGUAUCAACAAGCAUCGAAGAACAACCCGGAGGGCAGUGCGCCAUACUCUGCUCUCUCGUACGCUUUCCAGAGCGAAUCCGCUGUCAGUCAAGCCAUGCAACAGGUCCAUACUACGUACCAGGAAGCAUCUGUCGCGGCAUCCCGCAUUCAGGAGAUCCUGAAUCAAGCGGAGACUGCCAUGGCCGCUGCACCGUCAAAAGAGAAUGCACCGUGGUUCCAGCAGCACCAUCGAGGUUACAAAGACCGCCUUGAGAGUUUCAGCAAUCUCCUUGCCGACCUUACGAUUCGUUUGGAGGACCACAUGCAAACAGCUGAGGAGCGUAAACUCGUGACUCUCUUUUCUGGAGAUGAAGUCCGCACACAGGUCUUGACCCUGCUUCAGGAUCGCACCAGUGGGUGGACAACGCGUCUCACCGCCCUUCGCGAACGCGCCCACGGGAUUGAAGCCGAGGCACACAAGUUUUUUGAAAGCAGUGCUCAACUGGACCGGAAUACCGGGGAGGUUCUCGCGGCCGUUCUCCAGAAUCCCGAGGCGUUCGUGGUGCAGGUGGCCACAUACUCAACAGAAUCUAACGCCCUUCGCGAGACCGCUGCUCGGAUAGAAGAAGAGCUAAAAAGCGCAGUAAAGGCUCUUCAAGAGCUGGAGAGAGAGGUCCGCGGAAUGGCAGAUGGAAUAAGCACGGCGCAGUUGCCUCCCGCCGUAAUCGACUUUCUGGGUCUUCCUGCUUUAUUCAACGCCGUCCAAGUCGAUAUGCAGUUGAAACCAAAAGGGCAGCAGCUGCUGCAGCACAUCAAAGCUCGCCUCAGUCAACUUGUUGAGGUCCUUCGUAAAUUGGAAAUGGUGAAGAACGAGGUGAAAAACAUCAGGAGUCCUGCAGAACGUGAGCAAGCAGAGUGGUCUCUCAACGAGGCAUCAGCAAAGCUCCAAGAGGCGGUCAGAAGUAAAAGUGACAUCGAUCUUCAAAUCCAGCAACUAACUCUCCAACUACAGCAGCUCCAAGCCACCGUGGUGCAGCUCGAACAGAGGAUCAAUCACGAGCGUCUGCUAUCUCAUCGUGCUGCAGGUGGUGGUAGAACUGCACUCGUGUUACGAGGCAACACACUAGGAUUAGGGACGCCCCCCGUGCCCGCCGGUUCUUUGCAGGGUAUUACCACAUUAGAGGGCUCCGUACUCGGUCUCCGGAGUUCCGUGGGAGGCGGCGUGGGCUUGGAUCCGCAGGCUGUGGUUGCUGAUUUGGAACAGCAGCUGCAGACUGCCAAAGAAAGAGCUCAGGAAACUCGACGGAACUUGGCCGUGAAACAACGUGAUGCUGUUGCAGUUGAGAACGAAAUACGUCGUCUAGAUGCAGAGGUGUCUGCAAAACAGCGGGAAAUGGCUGAGGAGCAGCAGAAAAUGGCUCGAGUCAUGUCACUUUGUCAAGCAUUGGGCGCCGGCGGUGUGUCAGUGGGGGGAAUGUCCGUGGCCAGCAUAGGUGGUGGGCUGGGCAUGAGUGGCGGCUUCACAGGCGACUCCGCUAGUGGAAUCUUGGCACCCGGCAUCAUGGGUUCUAGAGCGAGGGGGAUCGGUGGCUUAAGUAUGGGCGGGAUGGCAGGCGGAAGUGUAAGUGGACCAUCGCCCACCGUGGGUGUGGGAGGGUCCCCACGGUUGACCGGAGGAUUGGUGCCUGGACCACCACCAUGA